UUCCGUCUUCUGACGAAGAUGAAAUUGAUGGUGGUCUACAGCAAAGAGGUAAGUAAUUUGAAGCAUAAUACACAGCACAAGUUUUGUUAUAUUAUUUCUGAGCGUUGGACUACUUUUGCAGGAGGAGUGAACAAGUCUACAGCUGGCUAUCCAGGGAUAGCCCACCUUGUCAGCAGUGUUCAGAGGCAAACCUCUCAGACUCCUGCGAAAGCAACCAGACCUCGUGGUCGCCCGAAAGGAUCUAAAAACAAGAAGCAAAAGCAUGACUCAACUUGUCGAGCUGAAGCCAGCAGUUCAGGGCACAGCUCAAAGAAUAGUGACUUGGAGUGCGCCAUCUGCAAAGAGGGAAGAGAUGCAGGCCGUUUCACUGUCACGGAAUGCGGCCAUUUAUUUCAUUAUGAUUGCCUAGAGAAAUGGCUUAUCACUUCGCGUCAGAAGUAGAGGACUCGAAAAUGCUGCCCUUUUUAUGGCAGUAUCUACAGUGUAUGCCUGCCAUUUUAUGGUUGACUAGUAUUUUAAAUUUCAAUCCCAUUGUACAUAUUGUAAACUGUUGCUCACUGUUAGUGUUAAAAGAUUUCUGGUGAAUUUUUAUCGCUGUUUUAUGGUGUAUAUUUGACUUUGACUCUCAGUCAGUUUAGUGUAAGAAUUUAGGGAUCUAGAUGACAUCUGCUCUUCCAUUAAGUAGUUAAUACGAAAUACAUUGCUCCCUAAAACUACCAUUUCUUGUGUAACUCAAUUAUCCUUGCACGCAGCCGAGCUGUU